UGCCUUUAAUGUUGUUUCAUAUGGUGUCAACGAUCCUUGCACUAAUACACCAAAACCUAUGCGUGGAUUAUGCUCUUCUUGGCUUGACAGUCUUACUGGAUAUACCACUUGUCGUUCAUGGGUGGAUGUGUCCAUGAAUGAUGUUUAUAUUCCAAUCUUUCCCCGUGUAGCAGCAAGUGCGUUUCACCUGCCAAAAGACAUACAACACUCUCCGAUCCCACUGAUUCUUAUUGCCUCUGGAACGGGCAUAUCACCCUUUAUUUCAUUCCUUGAAUCUCUCGCCGAGGCAAAACGACUUCAUCCAACUGCAUACACUCCACGACCUGUAUGGCUUAUUCACGGACACAGAUUCGAUGGCGAUGAGGGUGACAGUCUUUACCAUUCUGAAAUUCAGUCGUAUAUUUCCUGUGGCAUUGUAACCGAGUUUGUCGAGUGUGUAUCGCGGGGAGAGCAUCCGUCUAUCCAUUCCUAUGUGCAGGACGCUGUAUGGGCAAAUCGAAAGUCUAUAUGGGAACUGGUUGAUGCUCACAAUGCAUGUCUGUACAUUUGUGGAUCCUUGGCUAUGGGAAAGGGUAUACAUGACAUGUUGAUAAAAGUCAUUAUGGAUUUGAAAAAUGUUGGUAGUGUCGAAGCAGUACGAGUUCUCAAUGAGCUAAGCGAUGGUCGCUACUUGCGUGAAGUUUGGGGAUAAUUGUAUCGAGUUGUAAUAUAUUUAUAUGAAUUU